UAUUUUCUAAUAAUGAGCUUUGCCGAGUUCCUUUUUUCGCAUUCAUUACUACGUAUUUAGAAUUCUCUCCAAUAAUACGAUUCCGAAUAUCCAUUGAAUCUGCUUGAUCCUUUUCUGACUUUAAUAACUCAACUAUAGAACGAAUUACAAGUUAGUAUAACAUAUCACUAUUAUCAUAAACAAUGCAGCUUUUACUUACCUCUUUCAGAUGAAAGUCCUAACUUUUGUUGAUAAACGUUCCUCUGAUUGUAGAGGUGUUUUGAUUCCUCAGUUUUUGGUUUAAUGUAAUACCCAUAAGUACUGGGGAAAGUUAAUAUUUGUGUAACUGCAAUUAUAUAUAUAAUAUUCAUAUUUAAAAAUAAAAAUUUCCGAUGACGAAGUCUUAUUAAAGUGAUGACACUCAGUGCACAACUGACAUCCUUCCACAUUAUCCGCAUUCUUUUAUAUAAGUAUGUGAAGUACGCGCUUAAGCAAUAAUAAAGUGGUGACACCUGCCAUUAGCAAAAUUAUUAACGCGUCAUCCACUUCAGCCAGUUGACUGCGCUUCCAGACACAUUUUAUGUCGUUUGGUGCGAAAACCAUUUUGGCCGCCGGUUGCACUUUAAAUAGGCGACAGUUUAAUAACAAUAAAAAGAGUAAGACCUCUACAAUGUGACUCCAUUACAAACGCUUGCACUAGGAACCAAACGUAUACUGAUGAUUUGAAACCGCCAUCAAUUCAGGUAUCUUAAGCAACUAUGUGUAUGUGCAAGCAUAAAUAUUAAUUAGUACAAAUACUAGCUUCGCGAAUAUUUACCUAGAUUUAGAUCACUUAAAAUUUGCGCAUGCAUAUGCGUGGUACCUGCAUAUCCUUUCAAAUGAGCUCAUCAUUAUUUUGAGAAAAAAUGCAAAGGAGGCAUCGGACAUUAAAUUAUAUAACACAUUUUCAAUAAUUAAGCGAAUUAAGCCGAGAACUGUUGCACGAUAACUUAAUAGUCCCACAAUUCAGCAUAUAAUCCACUAUAAUAACGAAAGUCAUUAUACUAUAUAUAGUAUAUGGGCACUCCUGUAAUUUAUGCACCGAUUUUCUUCAUUUUGGACAUCCACCUUUGGUAACAUUUAACCAUUCCUACGAACUAAGACGAGACAAGGACGAAUACACGUACAAACAGACAUCCCUAAUUUGACUCGUCUCGUCAUCAUGAUCAAAUGUGUUACCAAACAGUCGUUAGGUGAACAAGUCUAUAACAUUUUGUGCUACAUGUUCAGUAUAUUAUAUGAUGUUUUAUUAUACUGCAGUUGAACUUCCCUAAUCCACAAAAAAACCUUCGAGUUAGAGAGACUUCGAAUUAUAGUAGUUUUCAUUAAAACAUACAAUUUUUCAAUAAGCUGUAAAAAAUAGUUUUAUUUAUAUACUUCGCAUAAAGUGUUAUGUACAUAUGUUAAAACAUGUAUCGUAUUUUUUGUUCGACUCCAUACCGUAUACAGAAUUGAAUACUCCCAAGAGAAGAAUGUUAUCAGUGCAAAUGAAAUUUAUUCGGGCAAUGAUUUGAUAUUUAACCUGAAAGAAAUAGUUAAAACUACUUUUCUCAUUUCGAUUUUACUACUGCAUUUGUUUUUUCGUCAAAGUUGUUAAAGAAACAUAUCAUGUAUUAAUUUUUGCUUUGUGCAAAACCUUUAUAAGGGUACAAAGAGCAAAAUAAAAUGCAAAAGAAGUUUUUGUUCUCUUAUUAUUUCAUAUUUCAAUGUCCCGUGCGACAUCAAAAAGUAACACUUGCUACCACUGCAUCGGAAAUAUAUCGCAAAAUUAGUUUGAAUUUGAGUACAAACGGUUAAUUUGUAUACAAUUAAAAUAAAAAACCUUGUUCAAAUAUCUGAAGAUUUGUGAUUUUGGUAACUACUUAAAAUAGGUCACAUGCGACAUUGUGGGUGUGGAGUUCAAAAAUUGAAAAUUAUUUUUUUCUUAUAAUAUUAACCGCACUUUAAAUUCCACUGAAAUAGCUAUUCAAAUAGAUUUUGUCAAAAAUUAUAGGCUUACAAAUCAAAAUAAGAGUGCUCAAGGUUGUCAGGAGAAAAUCGUUUGCUUUUAUAAGUGAUAAGCUAACGCAUGACAUAUUAUUUUCUUGAUAAAUCUCUUAACUAAAAUCAAGAAAUCCUUUAGUUGCUUGUCUAAAAUAUUUAUUUUUUUAAGGUAACUGCUCUCAGUUUAAAAACAAAUGUAUAUUAUCAAGCCGUCGAUGGAAUGGGAGCAGUGGGAGUUAUCAAAAGGAAAGUCUGGCUGAUAACGAAAUCCAAAAAAUUGUAUACCCGAGGACAGCAAUUUCUGAAAAAAAAACUGUAUUUCACGUUCAUAAUACUAUUUUCAUUUCAUACUAUAGAAUUUUUGUUGUUUCUCGUUGGAUAUUAGUUAAAAUAAAUAAAUACAUUUACUACUUUUUUAAGCCAGUUUAUUGGACUUGUUGUUAAAUAAUUCCGUAUUAUAACAACAAAAUCAACAUAAAUAUUAUGAUGGAAAAACGGUCUCGUGCAACAUGUCCCGUGCGAAUGUGGUAAAUAUUUAAUUAAAAAAAAAACUAUAAAUUAUUUUUGGGUGAAAUUCAUACCAAUUUUAAAGGCAUCCAUGCACAGCGCUCUACAAUCAAAAACAUUUGAAUAUUACCUCACAAUUCGCUGAAAUCGCCGUUUGAAUCGUUGUCCCCAAAAACGACUCCCAUUGCAAAAAUGAAGGAAGAAGGAGAUCGGUCUGCGUACCACACAAUACACUUUGCUACUCGUCGCAACGACGAGCAGAAAAAUUUAAACGUUUAAAUUUUGUUCAUAAUUGUAUGUUAUAGAGACUUCGAGUUAUAGAAAUUUUUAUUAAAACAUAAAUUUUUCAAAAAGGUAUAAAAUAUAGAUUUACCCACAAUUUUAGUUAUUUUCUUCGCAAAAAGUUUUAAAACGCGUAAUCUGUAAUUUUGUUUGUUGCACUUUCCUAUUGUUUAGCUCUUGACGUCUGUAUCUCAGGCCUUUGUUACACGAUUUAUGAAAUCUAUAAGAGUAAUAUCAUAUUUUUUGUUCGCCUCCAUACCAAUAUAGGGACUCCUUUAAAAUUGUUCCUUGAUAGUAAAAUUUUAAAUUUGUAUUAUGUCAAAAAGUUCGAUUUAUGGAAGGUAAUUGUAGAUAUUGUCGGGAAAAUAGUAUUAUUGCCAGAAUGGGGCUUCAUAUAUAAUUAUAAAAAUAAGCAUUAUUUAAAUAAAUAAAUUAAAUAUAUACAAUGUGUUUUAAUUAAUCUUUCCGCAGGAGUUAUGCUAGUUUAUGUUUUAUUAAAGCAUGCAUCUUCAGUUAUUGAAUCAAAUUUUUUAUAAUAUUUGUAAUUAUUGAAAAUAGGACUGCAUAGAUCAGCAUAUCAACGAAACAUAUUUAAACAAUAUUCUGGGACAUUUUUAUUUACAAGUUCCACAAACUCAGCCGUUGGCACCUCAUUUCCCAUUACAAAAAAAUGUCUUUCCGUGGAUAUCAUAACUCAUGAUUGGUUCAUCAAAAAACAAUAAACUAAAAAUAUUUCGACAGUACAUGUGUAAAUCAAAUUAAUGAACAAAGAAAAAAAGAAAAUAUUGAAUUUUGAAUUUUUGAUCACACUUUUUAGGUCAAAUUUCCGCCAUAUAUUGGGUCAUAUAUGUGUGCAAAAUUUGAACAAAAUCGCUUUAUAACUUUUCGAGAUGUCGUGUUCACCGACUUAAACCGAGUGGGGUUGCACUCCGGGAGUGCAGGCAGAAGUGAAAACUUGAACUUAUGGCCCGUUGAGCACUUUUUUGGGUGAGCGUUUUUAGGGGCGCUCGAAUUGCGUUGAUAAUUUUGGAUAAUAUUCUAAACAUAUUGCACUAUUUAAUAAGACCAAAAAAUUUGUUUAAAUUUUUGAAACCCAAUUGAGGCAGGAAGAAAAUGCUAUGUUGUUGUAAACAGCUUAAAGGUUAGUUUCCAGCUCUCAAGAAAAAGUUCCAGAAAUAAUCGGUAUUGUUUCUUUUGUAUGAAAUAGUAGUAAACAAGAAAUUUUGACAUUUCAUAUUGCACCGUGAAUGUUAAACAAUGGAAGAAGAAGUGUGUGAAAAAUUCAAAACAAACAAAAAAGAGAUUUCUUUAAGCAAGAGUAAUUGGUAAGUUACUUAAAUUUAUUUAAAAAUAUCGUGAUUAACUAUUUGUAUUUAUUUUUCAGGUGGUGCUCUUUAGUUUCUAGAAUGGAAGACGAUGGGCUAAAUUUGAUGAUAUUAUUGAACUGUGGUGCUUUCAUGACCAUCAUGGAAUCUGGAAUCAACAAAAGAAAUCGCAGAAAAAUGUGUCAUUUGGUGAGCCCUUAUCUCAAGGCAAGAAAUGAGAAGGGAGGUUUGUCACCGAUUUCGAAAACUUGCGGAAUGAUUCAGCUCGUUUCGUUGAAAAUUUCCGCAUGCCGCCAUGUAUAUUUGAUGAGUUUUGGGAGAUGCUGGAGCCGCAUCUGCUUCCAAAGCGAAAUAGCAGACCAAAGGAUUUCAUCCCAGCUAAAGCUAAAUUUGCAAUUGUACUAGAGUACCUGGAUUCUGGAGAUUUACAACGUCAUAUUGCCUCCUGCUACCGAAUUAGUAAGCAGCAUUUUGGAAGAAUCGUGUCCGACGUGUGUAAGGCAAUAUGCUGCGUAUUGAAAAAUGAAAUACCAGAGUGGACUGAAUACACGUUGUUGGAGAUAUCUAAUUGCUUCAGAACGCAAUGGAAUUUUUCGAACUGCGUCGGGGCUAUCGAUGGCAAACACAUAGCUAUCAAAGCCCCACCAAAAUGUGGAAACGUGUUUUAUAAUUACAAAGGAUUCCAUUCCAUUGUGUUAAUGGCUAUAUGUGGUGCCAAUUAUAAAUUCACAUACUUCGAUAUUGGUGCUUACGGAAGUGAAGGAGACUCCAAUAUUAUGAAGAAUUCGAGUUUCGGUAUCAGCAUUCAUAAUGACAGCUGCCAAUUACCGGCCGACGGCUUUAUCGAUGGCAAAAAAGUAUCAUAUUUCAUUGUAGGAGACGACGCAUUUCCACUGUGUAAACGUAUACUGAAGCCACAUAAUAGCAAAAACCUUUCCAAAGAGGAAAAAAUUUUCAAUUAUCGUUUAAGUAGAGCAAGACGGUGUAUUGAAAACGCGUUUGGAAUUUUAAGUGCAAAAUGGCUUUGCCUGAGAAAUGUAUUAUUUUGUCAUCUGGAUCGUGCACAAUCGAUUGUUUCAGCAUGCUGCUUACUACAUAACUUCCUGAUCAAUAAAUGUCGACCGGCUUAUAAUCCUCCUACCUUCUCUGGAUUAGAAGGCAUCGACGGGGUAUGGGAAUCAGGAGAAUGGGAAACUAUACAACAAGAAGGCCCUUUGAAUGAAUUAGUUGCCUACCGGGGAAGAGCAUCAAAUUAUGGCAAAUAUGUACGAAAUGUCAUAAAAGAUUACGUAAAUUCUACAUCUGGAUCUGUUCCAUGGCAAAAUAAUGCAACAUUUCUUUGAACUUUCCAAUAUUCAUGUUUAUUUAUAAAAAAAUACUUACUAUUUAUUUUAUGUUACCAAUAUAUAUGUUUUUUAUUAAAAAAUAAGUUUAAUAUU